AUGGAUGAUAAGCAGCCGGAGAAAAAGACCAGGAGCAAGAAAAAGAAGAAAACAACUAAAGAGUUGGUCCCAGCUCAGGAUGCACUUGACACUAGCCUUGACAUUGAACUUACAAUGCCUGCUGAAGUCUCGCCAGAUGUAGUCUCGGAUACUAAGAAAAAAAGCAAAAGCCGAAAGAAGAAAAAACGAGCGACAGAAGCAAAAUCGAAUACUGGGGUAGAACAAACAGCUGAAGAAUCUAAAAUAAGCGGGGAGACAAAAAAUGAGGCUCUACUAACUCCACUAGAUAAUUCUGUUUCUGCACCCAUCAACAAUAAAAGCGGUGAAUAUGCAAAUACUGGAGAAAAACAAGAUGAAAUUAUAAAUGAUGAAGAUGACAAAUUAUUUCCACCGGAAGCGGAGCCAUUGGAAAGAAGCAAAAGCCGUAAGAAAAAGAAAAGGGUGAACGCUAUUGUCGAUAUAAACGUGCAAAAUGAAACGCCUGCCGAAAUAAUUCCAGAUCAACCUGACCUCCAAGACAAUGAUCCCAAACUGAACAUUUCAAACACCGUUGCUCUAAAAGCUGAUGAUUUUGAUGUCAAAGUCAACACCAAACAAGAGCCGAGAGAAAAACCUGACAUUGUUCCAGAAAAGAAAGAAGCUGUCAAUCAGAAUGAAGGACCCAAAUUACUUGAAGCAUUAACGACGAAAAGUGCAGAAAAUUCUACAACUGAACAAGAAGCGACUCCUUCAGAAAAGGCAAAAUCAAAAAGCAGGAAGAAAAAGAAAAAAUCAAAGCCGCUUACGGAAGUAAAGUCUGAAAUUUUUGUUGACGAACCGAAUACAGAAGAAAGCAGUUCUGAGAAAAAUCAGCCCGCUGAAGAAAGUAUUUCGACAGAAGCUAACAAAAAGAUCUCUACGGCAGAAGAAGAAGAGAAAAUGGACAAAAUACCAUCCGAAAAGGUAAAAACUGAAAGUCCUGUAGGGCAACCUGCUCAAGAAGAAAGCAAAGAAGAGGAAAAUCAAAAUGAGCCCGUUGCGUCUGAAGCUUCGCUUGAAAACGUAGUCGAGGCAAAGAAACAAGAUGAAGUACCAGAAGCUGAUUCAGAGGCGCCUUCAAUCGAGAAAAUAAAUGACAAAGAUGACGUAUCUGUUCAUCUUGAGAAGUUGGAAAAGAGCGAAUCAGGUGAGAAGGAAAAAGCUGAAAUUUCCACCGAAGAAUCUUCAGCAAGUGAGGAAACAAAAAUUGAUGUGCCACUAACUCAACCAGAAAAAGGUGUUUCCGAUUCGAUUGAGAGCGAUAAGGGCCAACCUAAAAUUGAAAGGAGUACUGAAGAAGAUGUUGUGUCUACUGAAGAAAGUCAAGAAAAGCAAGAAUUAAAAAUAGAGACUGUUUCAGAAGAGAAAAACAACACUUCUGAGAAUUUUUCUUCAAAUAUUUCUACAAUUGAUAGUCAAAGUGAAGAAGAACCUAAAUUACUUGACCCACAUGCUACAAACCCUCUUCAAAAAUCUGAGGAGCAACAGAAAGUGGCUCCUGAAGCGAAGACAAAAUCAAAAAGUAGAAAGAAGAAGAAAAAAUCGAAGACACAAAUAGACAAGAUUUCAGUAGAGUCUGAAAUUCUUGCAGACCCACAAGAUCGAGAGGAAAAUCUACCAGAGGAACAUCAAAAAGAAAACGUUGACGAGGAUAUUUUGGGAGAAUCUUCUGAAAAUAAAUCUCUAGAUAAACAAGAUCUGCCUAUUCCAUCAGCAGAUGAUAUUAAAGAAGAAGCUGUGGGGAACCGAACGAUUAUUUCAAUAGAAUCCUCCGAGGAGUCCUCUCCGGAAAAAACUCCAGAAGUUCCUUCAAAGUCACUUGUAUCGACCGACGACAUCAAGGAGGAAGCUGUGGAAGACCAAGUGACUGUUUCAGCAGAAUUUUUGGAGGAGGACGCUCCGUCAAAAAUACAAGAAGUUCCUCCCGAAGCGCUGCCAUCGGCUAAGAAUAUCAAAGACGAAGCUUUGGAGGAUCGAUCCACUCAGCCGGUAGAAUCUUUCGAGGAGAAUUCUUCAGAAACAGAAGAACUUUCUCCUACGUCACUGCCGUCAGCUGACAAUAUCAAGGGAGAAGCGGUGGAGGAAAAACCAACUGAUUCAACGGUAUCUUCCGUUGAGAAUUCUCCCCCAAAAGAAGAAGGUCCUAUUAAAUCUCUUCCAUCCGCUGAUGAUGUAAAAGAGGAAGCCGUCGAGGAUCGGGCAUCUGUUUCGAAAGAAUCUUCGGAGAACAACUUUCCCGAAAAAAUAAAAGAGGUUUCUGCUAAGUUCCUCUCAUCUGGUGUUGAUUUCAACGCUGAAGCUGCAGAGGAAAAAGUAGCACUUUCGGCGGAAUCUCUGGAGGAAAAUUCUGCCGAAAAUUCAGCGAAGGUUCCUCUCAAGUCACUCUCAUCGGGAGAAGAUAUUAAAGAGGAGGCUGUGGAAAAUAGAUCGAUGACUUCAGGAGAAUCUUUUGAGGAAAAUUCGCAUACAGAAACACAAGAGGUUCCUCCUAAGACUCUUCUAACAGCUGACGAUAUCAAAGAGAAUGCGGUAGAAGAUCAGGCCACUGCUUCGACAGAUUCCAAGGAGAAUAACUCUCCCGCAAAUACAAAAGAGGUUUCCUCUAAGUCUCUACCAUCAGUUGAUGAUAUAAAGGGUGAAGCUACAGACGAGAAAACAACUGAUUCGGUAGAAUCCUCUGAGAAUAACUCUCUCGAGAAAUCAACAGAUGUUCCUCUCAAGUCCCCUCCUUUGUGUGACCAGAUUCUAGAGGAAACUGUUGAGGACAAAGCAACUAUUUCAGAAGACUCGUCGGAGGAGACUCCUCCACCAAAAACACCAGAAUUGCCUCUUAAUUCCUAUCCAUCAGCUGAUAAUAUCAAGGAUGAAGCUGUAGAAGAGGAAACUAAUUUCUCAGCAGAAUCUUUCGAGCAAAAUUCUUCUGAAAAGACACAAGAAAUUUUCCCUAAGACCUCUGCAUCGACUGAAGAGAUUAAAAAGGAAGCUGUGGAGGCGAGUGUUUUGGCAGAAUCUUCAGAGAAAAUUUCUACAGAAAUAGCACUUGAAGUUUCCCCUUCAGCCAAUAAUAUCAAUGCUGAAACUGUAGAGGUGAAAGCUGUUUCAAAAGAAUCUUUGGAAACGAGUUGCUCUGAAAAAUCAGCAGAGGUUCUUCCUAAACCUCUUCCUUCAGAUGAUGAUAUCAAGGAUGAACCUGCAGAGGAUUCAGCAACUGUUUUGGCGGAAUCUUUGGAGGAGAACUCUCCCGCAAAAAUACCAGAAGUUCAUUCUGAGUCCCCUCCAACAGAUGAUGACAUCAAGUGGCAAGUUGCAGAGGAAAAAGAAACUGGUUCAACAGAAUCUUCGGAGAAAGAAUCUCCCGAAAAGUCGCUUCUUUCGGUCGAUAUCACCAAAGAAGAAGCUUUAGAGGACCAUGACGAGAAAGAAAUGACUGAAGCGCCCGCUCAAGAACCUUCAAUAAGUGAGAAGACAAAAGUUGAAGUCACAUCCUCUCUACAAGAAAAUACUGUUUCUGAACCGGUAGAAAAGGAGAGCAGUGAAUCUCACGGCGAAAAAGUCUCUGCGAAGGCUGAUGACACAUCUCUUUUGGAGGAACAAAGCAAUGGUGGAACAGAGACGAGCGAAGGCACAAACGCAAAUGACGAAAAUCAUCCCGUGGUCGGUAGUAACCAAAAGGGCCAUGAAGGCAACUCUCAAGGACCAGAUAAAUCAAUUCAAGAAGAGCCAUCACGUACAGAAUCAGAAGAAAAGAAUACUUCUUUUAAAAAGGAGGAAGAGUCUGAAGAAUCUACUGAAUUGGAACUCACUCAUAUUCCUCGAGUUGACCUCGAAAACAAUAUCAACAGAAUAAUUAAAGAACUAGACGAUGAGAUGCUCAAGAACAUUAGUGACAAAAAGGAUGCCGUUCUGAUUCCCCCUGAUACUGAAUUAUCCGAAAAUCUCCUGGAGGAUAUUGAAGAAGCUCCAAUAAAGCAAACAUUUUGUGAAAAACUAUUCGGCUGUUUCCGCCGAACGAAAGCCCACGUAAAAUCAGUUCAAUCGAAUAAUUAA